AUGGCGCGUCCAUUUCAGAAGGUGAUUGUCGUGGGAGCUGGCCCAUCGGGUUUGCUGUUGUGCAUAUUCUUGUCCAAGCAUGGAAUUCCCGUUUGCCUCCUCGAAGCAUCCGACAAGCUCGAUGACCGGCCACGCGCAGCCAUCUACGGACCUCCCGCCAUGGUAGAUCUCAAACGCGCCGGCGUCCUGGAUAAAAUUCGUCGGCGUGGGAUGACACUCAACACCAUGGCAUGGCGACGCAUCGAGGACCACAGCUAUAUCACCGGCCUGGACGGUGCGAUCUUGGCGGAUAUGGACGGUGAAGACCUGAGAACGACUUGUCUGGUCUUGGACCAAUUAGACCAGCUGUUGCUCGACGAGUUUCUGAAUAAAUACAACGGCUCCAUCAGUUGGAAUCACAAGGUGGUGACCGUUGGACAAGACGAGAAGACCGCUUGGGUCGACGUUGAGACCCCUGACGGACCUACAAAAGUCUAUGGAGACUAUGUGGUUGGCUGUGAUGGCGCCAACAGCAGCGUUCGAAAAUCUCUAUUUGGGGACGACUUUCCAGGGUUCACGUGGGACAAGCAAGUUGUGGCAACGAAUGUCUAUUAUGACUUCGAAGCGAAGUAUGGCCUUUCCAACGCAAACUUCAUCGUGCACCCUGAACACUUUACUAUGAUUGCAAAAAUCACCGUUGACGGCCUUUACCGUGUGACAUACGGCGAAACCCCCGGACUUAGCAAUGAGGAGUUGCGCGAGCGACAACCCUGGAAAUACGAAACGAUCCUUCCAGGUCACCCAAAACCGGGGGACUACAAGUUAGUUAGUAUUGCGCCCUACAAAAUGCACCAGCGCUGUGCGCCCUCCUUCCGUGUCGGAAAAGUGCUCCUCGCCGCCGACGCAGCUCAUCUCUGCAACCCGUGGGGCGGCAUGGGCAUCACCGGCGGCUUUAUCGACAUCGGCGGCCUCUACGACUGUCUGAUUGGUAUUUGGGAUGGGAAAGCAGACGAGUCAAUUUUGGACUUGUACAGCGAGAAGAGAAUCGAGAAGUGGAAGAAGGUUAUCAACGUGGUGUCCUCGGAUAACUUUAGGAGGGUGUCUGAUAGUGACCCUGCCACGAUUCUGGACCGGGACCCCGUCAUGCUGGCUUGUAAGAAGGCGGAGAGCGAUAAGGAGGCGCAGCUUGCGGCUUUCAAGGCUAUGUUUGAUGUUCGGUACGACUUUACACAGCACUACAAGAGCUGA